AAAAUCACAGUUUCUGCAUUCACACUUACUCUAUUUGAAUAAAUCUGAUAACACAAACACACACACAAAGAGAGAGAAAGAAAGAGAGAUGACAUUGACAGGAAGUAGUUCAAGUUCAGGUAGUUCAGCAUCAACGAUGAUGAUGAUGUCGAUGUCAAGGCGUAGUUGGGUUAGAUGUUGUUUGGUUAUGUUUGCUGUUAUUUCUGCACUUUGUGUUUCUGCUCCUGCACUUUAUUGGAAACUUCAUCAUUCUUUUUCUUCUUCUAUUAAUAAUAUUACUCAUCAAAAACAUCAACAACUUCUUCUUCUUCAAUCUUCUUCUUGUCCUCUUUGUUCUUGUGAUUGUCCUCCUACUCCUUCUCUCCUUCAGAUUGCUCCUGGAUUGGCUAAUUUAUCUGUUCCAGAUUGUGGAAGCAGUGACCCAGAUCUGAAGAAGGAAAUGGCAAAACAAUUUGUGGAUCUGUUGACAGAAGAGUUGAAGCUGCAAGAGGGUGUUGCAGCAGAAAAUGCACAGCAUAUGAAUGUCAGUUUGGCAGAAGCCAGAAGAGUAGCCUCUCAGUACCAAAGGGAGGGUGAUAAAUGUGUUGCAGCAACAGAAACCUGUGAGGGAGCGCGAGAGCGUUCUGAGGCUUUGCUGAGGAAGGAGAUGAAGUUUACUUCAUUAUGGGAGCGAAGAGCUCGUAAAUUGGGCUGGGAAGGCGAAUAAAUGCUUCGGCUUUUAACAUCUACCUGUAUGUGGCUCACGUAUCUGUUCUCUUCUUCCUCACCACUUGUUAUAAUUGAUAAGUUUCUUACUUUCUCUAGUUACUUCAUUAUAGGAUGCAUCAUCUGAUACCCAGUAAUUUAUUGCUCAAAGUGUAAAUCUGACACUGGUUAUGAAAUAUAAAGCUUCAGAAAAUUUCCAGCUA